AGUUGUCACACAAUGAAAACCGUUUAUUAGGCAACCUCCUCGCCCUUCUCUCUCUCUCUCUCUCCAUAUCCAUGUUCCUCCCCCACCCCCAUUCUCUUCUUUGGUUCUCCUUUCUUUGACUGCUCUUGAUUCGUUAAUUUCCCAUUCCAAUCGGAAUCUCUGGCUCUGUGUGUGUGUGUUUAUGAGUUGAUUUCGAUUGAAAUAAUUCUUCUGCUAUGUCUAUUUGAAUCAUAAAAGCAAUACAGGCCUUUUUGGGUUUUAACCCAAUUAGGAUUUGGUCAACCUUUACGUCUCUUUUUCUUUCGUGUCUUUUCUCUUUUUCUUCAUUGGGUAAUUAUGGGUUUUGAAUUUGUGUUUCUGGGUAUUUUCCCUUUUCUUGGUUAACUUUGUGUUGGAGGGUCUUUGGGCUUUGUCGCCUUCUUAGGGUUUACCAUUCAUUUUUAUUAAAUGUUAUUGGGUUUGGGGUUUCAUUGGCAAAAAAGAGAUGGUUGGUGAUAAGAAAGUUAGGGUUUUGAAUUGCUGAAAAGUCAAUUUCUUUUUUUUUUUCCUCAUAUUUUUAUUGGUCAGGGUCCUGGGGUCAAUAGUGGAGGCAAUUGUUAUUGCCGUCUUGGAAUCGGGUCGUUAUAUUUGGUUUUUAUAGGAUUAGUUGUUUUCUGCUUCAUUUGAUUGAGUUGUUACUGUAGUUGUGGAUUUGGAUUAUUUGUUAUACCAUCUGGAUUGUUGAAAAUGGAUUCGAAAACAAGUGAGCAAGGUGGAGAUGUUCCAAAAACACGGAAUUUGGACGAUCAAGAGGGGCGUUUGAACUCAAAAAUGAAAGGAGUUGGAAGUCUUAGCGAGAAAAGUAUAUCGAUGAAGGGUCCGGGAAAUCUUAGUAGCAAAGAUAUGAUAUUUAGAGCUGAUAAAGUUGAUCUCAAAAACUUGGAUGUUCAGCUGGAGAAGCACUUGAGUCGAGUUUGGUCAAGAAACACAGAGUCUCAAAAGCCUAAGGAAGUUUGGGAGAUUGAUCCAUCUAAGCUGGAUAUAAGAUACCUUAUAGCUCAGGGCACUUAUGGGACUGUGUAUCGGGGUACUUACAAUAACCAAGAUGUUGCAGUGAAGCUGUUGGACUGGGGCGAGGAUGGCUUGGCCACAACUGCUGAAACUGCUGCUUUGCGAACAUCAUUUCAGCAAGAGGUUUCCGUUUGGCAUAAGCUUGACCAUCCAAAUGUCACAAAAUUUGUUGGUGCUUCAAUGGGGACUUCGAAUCUUAAGAUUCCUUCUAAAAACCCUUCCACUGAUGGUUAUAUUAACCUACCAUCAAGGGCAUGUUGUGUGCUUGUGGAAUACCUCUCAGGCGGGACACUGAAAAACCUCUUAUACAAAAAUAGGAAAAAAAAACUUCCCUUUAGGAUUGUGAUUCAACUUGCUUUGGAUCUCUCUAGAGGAUUGAGCUAUCUACAUUCGAAAAAGAUUGUGCAUCGUGAUGUCAAAGCCGAAAAUAUGUUGCUAGAUGCUCAUAGAACUCUAAAAAUUGCUGAUUUUGGUGUUGCUCGUGUUGAAGCCCAGAAUCCUCAGGACAUGACUGGUGAAACUGGAACCCUAGGGUACAUGGCCCCAGAGGUAAUCAUGCUUUCUGACAAGCUAUCAUGGAGUGAAAACAGUUCUUCACCAGACUUAGUGAUGUGGUUGAGUCUUCUUUGCUGA